UAUCGCCAGGUGUAAGUGUCAUACCUGAUAUGACAUCAAUUCGAGCCGGUUUCUUAUGUGAGCGCUGGUCUGUUGCACGGGGAAAGGCCCCGGCGCGGUCGCGCUUUGCGUUGCGGCUUGCAGCCGAGUCCCGCCCGGCGGUGCUCAUCACCGGAAGCUCGACAGGAAUCGGCAAGACAACGGCACUUUAUUUAGCUAAAAAGGGCUGGCAGGUCUUUGCCGGCGUGCGUCGCGACACCGAUGGCGAUGCGCUUGUAAAAGCGGAUCCGUCUGUCGUACCGGUGAUGCUCGACGUCACGAGCGACGCUAGCACGGCAGCGGCGGUAGCGGAGGUGUCGCGCCACCUGGCUGGGCGCAACCUUUCCGGUCUCGUGAACAAUGCCGGCAAGGGCGUGUUUCUGCCAUUGGAGCUCAUGUCCAUGGAACAGUUCGAGGAUGUGCUGGCGGUCAACCUGACGGGUGUUGUGAGGGUCACGAAGGCGGCGAUGCCGCUGCUGAGAAAGUCUGGUUCCCGGCAGCAGCAGCAGCCCGGUCGCAUCGUCAACCUCGGCUCCUACACGGGCACCAUCGCAGUGCCGCUGUUUGGCGCCUACGCGGCGUCCAAGUUCGGACUGGAGGCCGUCUCCGACUCGCUGAGGUACGAGCUAGGCCCCAAAUGGGGCAUCCGUACGAUCCUGAUCAAGGCCGGCGGCGUCAAGACGCCGAUUUGGGACAAGAGCAUCGGCGGCUCGGAGGCGGCCCUUGCUGCUCUGGAUCCCGCGGCAUUGAGGCCGUACAAAGGAAUGUGUGACGAGAUGAUGGCUGUGGCCCGAAACGCUGAGGAAAGCGGCAUCAUGCCCGAGGAGGUGGCGGCGGUGGUGGAGGAAGCGCUGACGGCGGCCAACCCCAGAUCGCGAUACCUCAUUGGUAACAACGCGGCUCGCGACAUGACUCUGCGGCGGCUGCUGCCCGACUGGUUGUGGGACCGGGCUAUGCUGGGGAGCCUGCCAAAGACCAGCGCACCGCUCGAUGAGUCGUUAUGA